AUGACUACCUUACGUGAACGCCAACUAAAUGCCCUCAAGCAAAUGCUUAACUUAAAUCAACCAUUAACAAAGGCUGUCGCUACUGAACCUACAUGGAAAGUUCUAAUUUAUGACAGAGUUGGACAAGAUAUUAUUUCCCCUCUUAUAUCUGUAAAAGAACUCAGAGAAUUAGGAGUCACCUUGCAUGUACAACUGCAUUCAGACAGAGAUCCUAUACCUGAAGUACCUGCAGUAUACUUUUGUUCACCAACAGAAGAAAAUCUUGGUCGAAUUUGUCAAGAUUUAGAUAAUGGUGUUUAUGACCAAUACCAUCUAAACUUCAUAUCACCUAUUACAAGGCAAAAACUUGAAGAUCUUGCCGCAUCAGCAAUUCAAUCCAAUGCUGCUCUAAGCAUUCAUAAAGUUUUUGAUCAGUAUUUGAAUUUUAUAUGUUUAGAAGAUGACUUAUUUAUUAUGAAGCACCAAAAAUCUGACAAUUUGUCUUAUUAUGCAAUCAAUAAAGGAGACACUAAAGAUACAGAGAUGGAAGCAAUUAUGGAUGAUAUUGUAGAAAGCUUAUUCUCAGUAUUUGUUACUCUGGGCAAUGUUCCAAUUAUACGAUGCAGCAAAGGUAAUGCAGCAGAAAUGGUGGCAAAUAAAUUAGAUAAAAAGCUGAGAGAGAAUUUGUGGGAUGCUAGAAACAACUUAUUCCAUGGUAACACAGGUCAAAGUGGCUCAUUUAGUUUUACAAGACCUAUGCUUAUUUUAUUAGACAGAAAUAUAGAUAUGGCAACACCUUUACAUCAUACUUGGACAUACCAGGCUUUAGCUCAUGAUGUGCUAGAUUUAUCAUUGAACAGAGCAGUGGUACCAGAAAACACAGGGACUGUAGUACCAGGACAAAAGUCGAAAACGCGUAUAUGUGAUCUCGAUUCCAAAGAUCCAUUGUGGUCUGAGCAUAAGGGCAGUCCAUUUCCAACUGUAGCUGAAGCCAUACAGGAAGAUCUAGAUAAAUAUAGGAGCUCAGAAGCAGAAGUUAAAAAAUUAAAAAGUUCUAUGGGGCUAGACGCUGAUAGCGACCUGGCGCUCAGCCUAGUAAGUGACAACACCCAACGACUGACAAGUGCAGUUAAUUCCUUGCCACAGUUAAUGGAAAAGAAGCGGCUUAUUGAUAUGCACACAACUAUAGCUACUGCCAUCCUUAACGCGAUAAAAUCUCGACGCUUGGAUUCAUUCUUUGAAUUGGAAGAAAAGAUAAUGAGUAAAAGCAGCAGUGUGGAAAGCAAGGCUGUGAUGGAUUUAAUAACUGAUACCAGUGCUGGCACACCGGAGGACAAAAUGCGCUUAUUCAUUAUUUAUUACCUGUGCACUGCUCAAAUCCCUGAUGACGAGUAUAAAAAAUUUGAAUCUGCUUUACUGGCAGCAAAUUGUGAUAUCCAACCAAUGUCUUAUAUGAAACGAUGGAAAGGUUUUACAAAGAUGUCCAGCCAGUAUGAAGGUGGUGGCACGAAAACAGUAUCAAUGUUCUCAAAACUUGUUUCUCAGGGAUCCUCCUUCGUAAUGGAAGGUGUCAAGAAUUUAGUAGUUAAGAAACAUAAGCUGCCGGUGAGCCGCGCGGUGGAGGCGGCGCUGUGCGCGGGCGGCGGCGGCGAGGGCGCGGAGCUGGCGUGGCUGGACCCGCGCGCCGCGCGCACCGACGCGGCCGCGCGCGCCCGCGCCGCCCGCCACCCGCCCCCCUCCGACGCCGUCGUCUUCGUCGUCGGCGGCGGCAACUACAUCGAGUACCACAAUUUACUCGACUUCGCUAAGCAACAAGCAACAAGCGGCGUUUCAAGGAAGUUAAUCUAUGGUGCUACGACGCUGCCCAAUGCUUCACAAUUCUUGAAACAACUUUCGCUCCUUGGCGAGGAGAUUCAAUGA